CUGCCACUGCUUGAGGCAGCCCGCACCACCAGUCCGAUGGUUUUUCACCAAGCUCACACUUUGUGGACCGAGUCUCAAUUGGCAUUAUUCGCAAUUGCGCGUUCUGCUUGACUCGUCGAAAAUGCCAAUGGCGGAGAACGCCUAUGUUGUUAUCGAUCGUGGAGAGCUAUGCCAGGACUGCCACCAAGCUUUUCGACGUGUGCGCGACAACUAUCGCAGCUGCGGCAUAUUGGCACUCCAGACCUCUAGCAAAGCUUGCUCCGGUUGUCAACUUCUACUCCAUCUGUUGGUUAAGAAGACCGGUGCCUUCGCUGAAACUUUGAUCUGGCUGGAGUCGCGCAAUCCUACUCGCGUCGAACUGACGGUGACGGUCACGCAAAGCCGGGCCAACGGGGAUCGUAGGAGGAUCAGUGUCGGCUCUGUACUCUUUGAUUGUCGUUACGGAGGUAGCGACUGCUUUCCUAUCCAUUUCGCCCUUCGCAACGUGGAUGCUGGUAGAGGCACCAGCUCCGGUAUCUGGAGUCCGAAUCGAUCAUCUACCUCCGAUUCUGUUCGCACGAUUACCCACUGGCUCGCCGCUUGUGACGAAGGCCAUCCAGGCUGCCAACGACCCUCUUCUCAAUUGCCCACACGGUUAAUUGAUGUGGGUCUCUCUUAUGGACCCGCCGAGCCCCGUUUGAUUUUAGACUCUGAAAAGUGUCCUCCUGGAUCCCUUUAUGCUGCACUCAGCCAUUGCUGGGGGACCCGAAAGAUGUCCCUCAUAACGACAAAGGCAUCGCUCACGGCUUUCCAAGACUGCAUUCCUUGGCAAUUAAUGCCUCAGACCUUCCGCGAGGCAAUCACUGUUUGUCAGCAACUACAUAUACCGUACUUAUGGAUCGACAGUAUCUGCAUCAUUCAAGAUGAUGAAGGGGACUGGAAUCACGAAGCUGCGUUGAUGGCGAGUGUAUACGCCAACGCAUAUGUUACCCUGGCUGCGACCGCGUCCGAGGAUAGUGCUGGGGGUCUGUUCAGGGAAAGAGGUGGCUUUAUCACCGCCCAGCUUCAGCUACCGGCGCGGUCAGGGUUACUCGACGAUUACGAUCAAAAGGAACGCGAAGUUUUCUUCUUCCCCGACUCGCUUCCGGCAGAUGUUGGACUGUUGCCUCUUCAGUCACUUCUGUUUCAGCGCGCCUGGACCCUUCAAGAAUGCAUCCUCUCUCGCAGGGUGGUACACUUUACAACCCUCCAGCUUGUGUGGCAAUGCUGGUCCGAAGUGAGACAUGAAGAUUCUCUAUUUGUACGAGCUCGAGACCAAUCCUUUUUACCGAUCUCCAUCUCUAGCCCCGCCGAUAUCCGCAGAAGCUGGGGAUGCUGGGUGAACGAUUAUAGCCGGAGAAAGUUAUCGCGGGAUGAAGAUAGAAUGGCUGCUCUUGCUGGGCUCACAAAAUUCAUCCAGGGGUUGAACCAGGAUGAGCCGUUACUAGGCUUAUGGAGGAACGACCUCGCUCUCGGUCUACUCUGGGAACGAGGAGUUUGGGACGGACCCGCAUCACGAAGAAGGAUCAGCGCAUUUCCCACUUGGACUUGGAUGAGCCUUCCCGGGCCCGCACAGUACCCGGACUUUCAACUCACCACCAAUGAGAUUGAGCUUGUCCAAUCGCAAAUACGCUGGGCCGGCGAACCGCUUACGUCCUCGCUCGAAAGAGCAGAGCUGGUAUUACGAGGCAAAGUUCUUCCCGGUACUCUUACAACCCGUGGCCGGGCCUCCACCGAGUCGUUUGCCUCCGUGUACCUGGAAGGGACUUCUCGUGCGCCCUUGUAUGAACGAGUAGAUCUUCCGGACUCCCGCUAUGACAACGAUUCUGUUUACUACAUCCCGAUAGGCGCCACGUCCAUGCAUUGGUUCUUUAUCAUUGCUUUGUUGGUUGACUCCGAGCGCAAUGCCUACGCCCGCAUAGGACGAGCCUAUAGCCCCGGUGACGACGACCUCUCCGAUUACAGGGUGCUUUGGGCUCAUUUCGCUGGCAUGGAGCCUCAAAAUAUCAUACUGCGAUAAGCGAGCCAUCGCAUGCUUUUGGGUGUUCGGCAGACGUACUAUAACAGCGCUUGGGAGCGCAAAUCACGUGACCCACGCCAAAAGACUUCUAGACCAUCCCAUGCUUUAAUGCAUUCGUCUAAGUCCUGAUGG